AUGGCGAGUAGAAAUAAUGUGACUGAGUUAAUUAUUGCCGGUCUUUUCCAGGAUCCAGAGGUGCAGAGGGUGUGCUUUGUGGUGUUUCUUCCCGUGUACUUGGCCACGGUGGUGGGUAAUGGCGUCAUCGUUCUAACGGUCAGCAUCAGUAAGAGUCUGAAUUCCCCCAUGUACUUCUUCCUUAGCUACCUGUCCCUGGUGGAGAUCAGUUACUCCUCUACUGUUGUCCCUAAAUUCAUCACAGACUUACUCACCAAGAUUAAAACCAUCUCCCUGGAGGGCUGUGUGGCUCAGAUAUUCUUCUUCCACUUCUUUGGAGUUAGUGAGACCUUCCUGCUCACAGUAAUGGCCUAUGACCGCUAUGUGGCCAUUUGUAAACCCCUUCAUUACACAACCGUCAUGAGCCGGCCUGUGUGUCACCUUCUUGUGGCUGGCUCCUGGCUUGGGGGCUUUUUUCACUCCAUGGUUCAGAUCAUUGUCACUGUCCAAUUGCCCUUCUGUGGUCCCAAUGUGAUUGACCACCACUUCUGUGACCUCCAUCCCUUAUUCAAGAUUGCCUGCACUGACACCUCUGUGGAGGGGGUUUUUGUGUUGGUCAACAGUGGACUAUUUGCUAUUGUCUCCUUCCUCCUCUUGGUGUCCUCCUAUAUCAUCAUCCUGGUAAAUUUGAGGAACCAUUCUGCAGAGGGGAGGCGCAAAGCCCUCUCUACCUGUGCCUCUCACAUCAUGGUGGUUCUCUUGUUCUUUGGACCUGCCAUCUUCCUCUACAUGCGACCCUCCUCCACCUUCACUGAGGACAAACUGGUGGCCGUGUUCUACACGGUCAUCACCCCCAUGCUGAACCCCAUCAUCUACACACUCAGAAACGCAGAGGUGAAAAUCGCCAUGAAGAGAUUGUUGGGCAACAAAGUGAAUUCAAGGGUGGAAUAA